AGAUUGUGUCAUAACUACAAUAUAAACGAGCAGUGAUGGAAUCACUGGAUACCGAGGUGAGAGCACGGAAGACUCUGGGGACUGUUGAAUAUGUAGAGUCUUCGGGUUUCACCCAGGGAAUACUGCCAACCAAGAAGGAUGUGGUUCAGAACAUGCUGUAUUUACUGCAGCCCAAAAGAGCUGGCCAGGCCCAGCGGUCCAAAGAGGAUGCGGCCCAGUUGCUCGCAGAGCACCUGCAGGAGCACUGGUUGGUUUGCAACUUGCACACCAUCGCGACGCAAAACAUAAAGAAACUUAUCCUCAAAAUGUACGAGGAGUUUACACGAUUGUAUCAGACCAGAAAGCAGAGACAGAACCAGGCUUUUACUGAGCGAGCAGACAAGUUCAACGAGAGUUCUGAGAAGCUCUUUGACGUGUUUUGCACAGACACGCAGACGAGAAAUAAACUGGAGGAGUACAGUGGGAUAAAAAUGACUAGCAUCGAGUGGAAAUUCCUUGAAGAUCAGAGAAGCGAGAGAAAAAUGUACUAUGAAGAUUUCACAGACAAGCAAGAAUUGAAGAUGAUGGACAGAAGACAGAAGAUACAGUGUCUGGAGCACUUCAGAAAACUCGCCAGGGAGGAGAAGGAAGGAAACAAAGCGAAGGAAAUGAAAUACAAAAGUGAUGAGCAAUCAGACGAAGGCACGAGUGUGGAUGAAUCCUACCCGGCCGAGGAGGAGAACGGCGGGGCUCCAGCUUUUUCACUGCGGGGCAGAAGGAAGCGCUUGUGCACCACGACUCCUGCGAGCACUGCCAUGCCCCUGGAGUGCCAGCAUAUACGGAUGAGCAUCAGGAGGGUUAGGCCUGGGUUCUACGAGACUGUGGAGAAGGUCAAAAACUGCUAGUGCAUGCCGCGGUCGGCAGGCAGAGCUGCUGGAGUACGAGGUGGCAAUGCACACGUUAGGCAAGUUUGAAAUCCCACCAUCAAUUGGAAGUGAUUGUUGUAGAUCCCCAAGCCAGAGCUCAGGAACAUGCUGCCUCCAGGGAAGAGCGCUGGGAUGACAGCAACAGCAGCAAGGACUAAAACACAUGAAUUUGGAAGGAUAAGUAGCCAGCGGUUAAUGAUGCGAAGGCUCAAACGUAGCAGAUGAUCUAGGGUUACGUAGCGUAUAAGCCUCUUCUUCCAAGGUCCUGUCUGCACCAGUGGGUUUUUGGAAGUCUCUCACCAUUUCUGAGCCAGUGGUGACCUAACAGUAUGAAACAGGACUCGGAUUUACUGCAGGGAAAUAACUUGGACUUGUUGCUAAGAGGAAGUGUGUGUGCUGAAAA